UGAAGCUCUUGAUCCUGAAUCUACAGAUAUAUUUUAUCAAUCUUUGACAGAUGAUCAUUAUCCACAUAGACCAAACGAAUUAGAAAAUACGUCUCUUUAUGAAUUUGCACAGUGGUACGAUAUCUCAAAGAUCAAACCGAAAAAUAAGUUUAUUGAAUAUUAUAAAAUAGGUAAUGGUUGUUAUCUUAAACGGCGACAGCGCGGAUAUCUUAUUAAUCAUUUUAGAUAUAAUGUUAAUACACAGCCGGAAAAUUAUUUCUUUGCGUUAUUGCUUAUGUUUAAACCAUGGCGAAAAUUAGAGGAUCUUAAAAAUGAAUGCGAUACUUAUACCGAAUCGUUUCACAAAGUAAAACUGCAUCUUAAAGAAGCAUUGCAAUAUCAUGAAAGAUUAGAAGAAUUGCAAAAAGCAUUUGAAACUGCAAAACAGUUAGUUCAGCAAUGCUUAGAUGACGAUUUGCAAAAAGAGCAGUCUCAGGAUGAUCCUGAAAAUGCAAUAGGUAUUCAAAAUAUAGAGGCUGGUGAAGCAAUGCAAGAUUUUAAAGAUCUUGGUGAUAGAGCAAUUCAAGAAAUUGAUGUAUCUGACAUGAUAGUAAAAUUAAAUACGGAUCAAAAACGAGUAUUUGAUAAAGUUACCAAUGCUGUAGAGUCCGAUAAAUCAAUAUUACGAUUAUAUGUUAGCGGAGAAGGUGGUACUGGAAAAAGUUUCUUAAUCAAGACUAUUAAAUGCUGGAUAAAACAAAAUCUCAACAAAGAUACUGCUGUAACAGCACCUACUGGUAUAGCAGCAUUUAAUAUAGAUGGUUUGACAGUUCAUAGAUUGCUUCAAUUACCCGUUGAACAUGGUCAAACUCCUAAGUAUAAACAAUUAUCUGAUUGUGUAUUAAAAGUUUUACGAACAGAUCUUAAAGAUGUUAUUUUUUUCGUAAUUGAUGAAGUGUCAAUGAUAUCUAAUUUGACUUUAAUAUAUAUUCAUCUUCGAUUGUCUGAGAUAUUUGAUACUAGUGAUUGCGAUGAUGGUUGGUUUGGUCGAAAGCAUAUUCUUUUAUUCGGAGACUUGCUUCAAUUGCCUCCUGUACGCGAAGAUCUUAUCUUUACACAUUUAUCCGAUCAAAAAAUUGUUAAUUAUCUUGGUUCUUUAAAUGCUGUUAAUUUAUGGAUUACAUUAUUUGAAUAUGAUGAAUUGAUAAUCAAUAUGCGUCAGCAAGGAGAUAAUUCAUACCGUGAAUUAUUGUCGCGAAUUCGUAUUGGUUUAGUGACAAAAUCUGAUUGUAAAAUUCUAGAGAGUAGAAAAAUAUCUUUCAAAGCUGAUUCUUUCGAAUCUAGAUUAAAUGAAUUAUGUGAUUUUAUUAACAGUUUAUCAUCGGACACUGUUUGUUUAUUUCCUACUUGUAAUAUGUGUGAUGUCCUUAAUAAUGCAAUGUUAAGUCGCAUUACUUCCAAAGAAAUAUUAUUAAUUGCUGAAGAUACGAUUGAUUGUACAUCAUAUGUAAAAAAGAAAGUAUUAAAAGUAUUGUCAAAUAACGAUGAUGAUAGUUCUCGAACAGCUGGACUUUCAAAACAAAUUACAAUUAAAAUUGGAGCAAAAGUUAUGAUUCGGCGUAACAUCGAUGCCAGUUUGGGUCUUGUAAACGGUACAAUUGCUAAAGUAAUUUCAAUUGUACGAGAAACAUCUACUGAUGACGUAGAAAAGAUUAAACUUCUUUUACCAUCAGGUUUAGAAUAUGAAAUUGAAAGAGUAACGGCUAAAUUUCAGGUAUUGGAUAGAGCGUAUGUGAUUCGAAAACAAUUUCCAUUAUCUUUAAGUUAUGGCAUCACUAUUCAUAAAAGCCAAGGAUUAAGUUUGCAAAGUGUUGUUAUGGAUAUUGGCAACUCUGUAUUUAGUUGUGGUCAAAUUUAUGUUGCCUUGUCGCGAGUAACAUCUCUAGAAGGAGUGCAUUUAAUAAACUUUGAUCCUUCAGCAGUAAUAGCUAACGAAAAAGUUAUUAUUGAAUAUAAUCGUUUAAAACAGAUAUACAAUCCGAAAGCAGAAAUGAUUGCUGUGUCAAAAGAACGUUGUCGUAAAGUAAAAGAUGUUCCAUGGGCGUUACCAAAAAUAGUUACUUCUGUUCAAAAAUCAAAUUCAGAUCGAAAAAUUCAACAUACGGUUUCAAAUAAAAGAAUUCAAAGCACUGCUUGGAUCAUACGUGGUUUUCAGAAUACAGACAAGAUUUCAUGUUAUGCAAAUACAGUAUUGCAAUGUUUAUUACAUUUAAAUAUUAUUAGGCAGCAGUUGAUUAAUUGCGAUAAAACAGACGUUUUACGUAUAUUAAUGCAUCGAUAUGAAAAUGGAAUGCGUAAUCUAAAUACAUAUGCAAUACGGCAAUGUUUAGGAGAAUAUUUUUCGAGUAUGGUAAGACAAAACGCGUACGAUUUUCUUACGGCACUUUGCGAAAAAUAUGAUUGCAUUACAAAUUUGAUACAACAUCAAGUAACUUCUACCAAGCGAUGCAAAACAUGUGGUAAUACAAAAACUAUUGUUGAAAAUAAUAUUGCUAUUUCAAUUUCCCUUGAUAAUUUAAAGACACAAGAUGGUAAAUUAAUAAAAGCAGAAAACAAAUUUAAUUUAUGUGCUGUUCCAACAACUAAAGUAUUAAUAGCGGGACAAUUGUACAAGACGAUGAGUGCUAUACUUUAUGAUAGUUCGUGCACCGAUGAAGGUCAUUAUAUGAUGCAGAAGUAA